ACUGUUUUCCGGUAGGAUUACUAAACAACUAACGUACAGUACCCAUGCAACCACAGCCAUAAUUUUUCACGUCGAACUAUUAUUUCAUUUAGCGGACAAUGAAGGAUUGAUGAAAAGUUUACCUCCACCAACAACCUUGGAACAUAUCAUUUCAUCCACGUUUAUUAGGAAACAUUUAACGAAGAAUGUUCAAUCAAAUGAUACACUGGAUCAUUCUGUCGAAAAACCGGAAUUAAAUUGCAAAGUGACGAAAUCUGAAAUUGUUGCAAAAUCUGUUCACACACUGGCCCCAGAAGAUAUCAGUGUGGUGGCGUCGCUUGGUGAUUCUCUUAUGAUCGGACUGGGAGCAGAUACCACAACAAUGGCUCGUUUUUUCACAGAGUUCCGUGGAAUAUCGUGGAGUAAUGGCGGAGAUGCGAGUAUUGAAGACGUUUUAACGCUGCCCAAUUUGCUAAAGAAAUUUAAUCCGAAAUUGAGAGGAUACUCAACGAACACAGCCAGACACUACCAGAAAAAUUCUGGACUUAAUUUGGCAACCGUUUCUGCUACAUCCAGGCAUUUGGAAGCACAAGCACACCAACUUAUAUCUCAAGUGAAACGGGAUAAGAAAAUUGAUUUCAAGAACGAUUGGAAGCUAGUUAAUAUUAUGUCUGGCUCGAGAGAUCUCUGUAGGCUGUGUGGAAACCUGGAUGAAAUAACUCCUGAUAUUUACAUCGAAUCUCUGGUCAAGACGUUGGACACGUUGCAGAUGAAACUGCCUAAGACUUUUGUAAACCUCAUUCUGCCGUUGAACGUUUCAUCACUCUUCGCUUUGAAUGUUCCUGGGCAGUGCAGGAUUGGAAACUGGUCUAUAUGCCCUUGCUUGAGAGAUAAAUUCACGAACGAGAGAAUCUCACAUUUUUACGAAGGGUACAAAAGUCUUGUUUACGAGUUGAUUGAGAGUGGUGUUUACGACAGAUCAGACGAUUUUACCGUUGUUAUUCAACCAGUUUUUGAAGAUCUCUCCUUGCACGUCUCUGAGAAUCGUGAGCUGUUUUCAUUGGAUUGUCUCCAUUUAUCUGCGAAAGGAAAUGCAAUGGCAGCUGCUGCCUUGUGGAACAAUAUGUUUGAACCGAUCAACAAGAAACACUCAAGAUGGCCGAAACAACAAAAUAUACAAUGUCCUACGAAGGAUUUGCCAUAUUUUUCGACAAAGCUGAACAGCAUGAAUGAUUCCAAUCAUCACGAGGCAGAGGACAGCAAACACGAAAUAUCUCCAGGAAUUAUUAUCGCUGUUACAAUGGCGGUCAUUUUUGCUUUCACUAUAUUUGCUGCCUUCGUUUAUUUAAAAAACAAACUACGAACUCCGAUUACUAAACUGAAGUUUAGUACAAAACCUUGGCUGAAAUACAGUAUUUAGCGAAAUAAUAGGAGCAUACAUUUUAUAACAAUAUUGAAGUGGUAUUUUGUAUGAUAAAUAUUUAAAAACUCGUCUAUAUCUUCGAACAGUGAAAGUGGCAGUGAAAGCUAUUCUAACAAGAUAAAUAUAUAUUUUAAGACAUUUAUUUUGCUAAUUGUAAUCCUAAAAAUCAAUUGAAAUAAAUAUAUUAAAAGUUUGAAGUGGAAAAUCAAUGUCUAUUAACUAUUUAUAUGUGUGUUUAAAAUUUUUUAAACAGCAAAGUAUAACUAAACUACGUACAGGCAGGCUACGAAUUCUAGCUUGGUAGGUGCUAUAAGAAGAUCUCUGA